CCCAGCAAAAGUCCUCACCUUUUUUCUCUCUCUUCCUCCUUUCUCUCUCCUUCGCUUCUCGUACUUACACCUCGAGUCGUCGUAGGUAGCCCUCUCUCUCUCUCUCUCUCUCCCCGUGUCUGCCCGAGGGAACGCCGGAAAAUGGCGAGCCUCGGUUCGAGGACGCCGGCCGGCGAGAGGGCCGUCGUGCCCUGCGACUUCUGCACCGACCGGCCCGCCGUCCUCUACUGCCGGAGCGACGCCGCCAAGCUCUGCCUCCUCUGCGACCGCCACGUCCACUCCGCCAACCUCCUCUCCCGCAAGCACCUCCGCUCCCAGAUCUGCGACAACUGCGGCGCCGCCCCGGCCUCCGACCGCUGCUCCACCGACAAACUCGACCUCUGCCAGGACUGCGACUGGGACGCCCACGCCGCCUCCCCCGUCGCCUCCUCCCACCACCGCGCCCGGAUCGAUGGCUUCUCCGGCUGCCCCUCCCCCCUCGACCUCGCCUCCCUCUGGGGCCUCGAUUUGGCCGACGGGGGCAAGAAGUCGUCGGCCAUCGCCCGGAACGACGGCGGCCAGCUGAUGCAGGAGGUGAUCUCGAGCAUGGAGGGUUGGGCGUACGGGGCCGGUGCAAACGGGUUCGGCUUCCAGGACCUGAUGGUGCCGAACGACGCGGGUUUGGCGGCUCCUUACCCAGGCGCCGUCAAGCAGGGAUCGACGGCGGGUCGGACGAGCUGCGGGAGGCGCAAGCAGGAGAUGCACAGGCAGUUGGUGGAGCUGCUGAAUGGGGAUUUUGAGGACAAUUCUGAUGGCGGGGGCGGCGCAGGAGGCGGAGGCAGCGGAGAGGGAGGAGAUAAUUUGGUGCCCAGGACGCCGAAUAGGACGGCGGCCGCAUGGCCGGAGAAUGGGGAAGGGAUUUGUGGGGAGCAACGGCACGGGAGCGAUGGGGUCGAUGCGGUGGUGGUGGAUCAUCAUCAGCCAUUUCAACAGCAGCCCACUUUCACUUCUUUGCUGAUGUUCCCGACGCAGCGGGAUUUGGAGGAGAGCGGACGGGGCGUCGUCGGAGCGGGGACUAGUAAUGUUGGCGGCCAGAGCACUCAGAUUUGGGAUUUCAACUUGGGACGGUUGAGGAGUCAAGAAGAAGCUAGUGCAGUAGAAGUUGGAUAUGGCCAAAACAGUGAAGGUUUUAUGAUCAAGAGUUACAAUGAACUAAUGAAAGACACAUCAAUCACAACUACAAAAAUGUUGGGAGAUGUGUACCAGCUGAAUGGUUAUGUCAUGCCCAAGGAUAUUUCGUCAUAUAAUGCCAGUUCAAGUAACCUGGCUGCUAGCCAAGGGCCAGCAACAUCCGAGAGUAACAACUUACCCGUGUCCGGGCCAUCAUCUGGUUCAGCUCUAGCUAAAGCCAAAGGUUCUACUGACUCCAAGGGUUACAAUUUUGUGGAUCAGACAUUGAUCACCUAUGGCAAUGACAUGAAAACGAUGGUGAAGACAAAGGCUGACUUGGAGUUGCUGGCUCAAAACAGAGGCAACGCCAUGCUCCGUUACAAGGAGAAGAAGAAAAACCGGAGAUACGACAAGCACAUAAGGUACGAGUCAAGGAAGGCGAGAGCCGACACUCGGAAGCGAGUCAAGGGUCGGUUUGUGAAGGCUAGCGAAGCCCCUUGAAUUGGGUUGCCUGCAGUAGCCAGAUGAGCUGCUCCCUUUACUCUCUCUCUCUCUCUCUCUUUUCCCUUAAUUCUUUGUUUGCUUGUAAAUAACCUUUUACGAUCAAUCUCUCCCCAUGUUGUAGUGUAUGAAUUGAGCAAGUCUUAGAUUACGUGUGUUUGCUGUCAUUACUCAAUAGUCAUCCAAUCCUUUUCAUCUUUUAUGUCAGCAUUCUUGCUCGGUACGGCUGAUGAUUAGUCCAAGAAAGCACAAAUUUUUCUUUUUUUA